AUGGCCACGUACUGUUGCCUGCCGCUGCUCUUCCUGGCGUUCUUCUUGCCGGCUGCGAGCAGCGAGACGACGCCGUGCCACCCCGACGACCUCCACGCGCUGCGGGCCUUCGCUGGGAACCUCACCGGCGGUGGCGCCCCCCUCCGCGCCGCGUGGUCCGGCGCCUCGUGCUGCGGCUGGGAAGGUGUGGGCUGCGACGCCGCGAGCGGCCGCGUCACGGCACUGCGGCUCCCCGGCCGCGGCCUUGCGGGGCUCAUCCCAGGAGCAUCCUUGGCGGAGCUCGACCACCUUUCCUUCCUAGAUCUCUCCGGUAACUCGUUGGCUGGCGAGCGUAACCGCAGAACCCUCGACGAAGAACCAAACACAAUAACCGGCACCAACAACACCGUCGUAUCCGGAAACACCAACGUUCUCUCCGGGAACGACAACGUUGUCAUGUGCGGGAGCAACAACACCGUGUCCGGAAGCAACAACACCGUCGUAAGAGGGUGCGACAAUGUUGUGGCCGGGAGCAACCAAAUCGUACGUGGGAGCAACCAUGUCGUGUCCGAGAACAACAAUAUCGUCUCCGGGGACGACAACAAUGUGUCCGGGAGCUUCUGUACCGUGUCCGGGAACCACAAUACGGUAUCUGGGAGCAACAAUACCGUCUCUGGGAGCUACCAUACCGUAUCUGGGAGCAACAAGGUCGUCACAGGGGGUUAA